AUGGGGCAGCAGUGUCUGAGGUACCAGAUGCAGUGGGAGGACCUGGACGAGUACCAGGCUCUGACCUUCCUGACGAGAAAUGAGAUUCUGUGUAUCCACAAGACCUUCCUGAAGCUCUGCCCCUCACGGAAGCACUAUAAGGAGGCCACACUGACCAUGGACCAAGUCAGCUCCCUUCCUGCUUUGAGGGUCAACCCUUUCAGAGACCGAAUCUGCAGGGUGUUCUCCCACAACGGCGUGUUCUCUUUCGAAGAUGUCCUGGGCAUGGCGUCAGUGUUCAGUGAGCAGGCCUGCCCCAGCCUGAAGAUCGAAUAUGCCUUUCGUAUCUAUGAUUUUAACGAGAACGGCUUCAUCGACGAGGAAGACCUCCAGAAAAUUGUGCUGAGGCUGCUGAAAAGUGACGACGUGUCUGAGGAUCUGCUGAUGGACGUCGCGCACCACGUCCUGAGCGAGUCAGAUCUGGAUAAUGACAACAUGCUGUCCUUCUCCGAGUUUGAACAUGCAAUGGCCAAAUCUCCAGAUUUCAUGAACUCCUUUCGGAUUCAUUUCUGGGGAUGUUGAUAUGGAGGUACCCUCUGGCCCAGCAGCCUCGAGGAAGACCACUGGACCUCCCCUGUGCCCUGGCAUGGUGGAAUCUGACUUGAAGGAUGGCUUGUCCCUGUC